AACAUCUCACCUUCUUUCUUUAGUCCAAGUGCUGGAGCACGUUUGAGUGACCAUGGAGUGCGUCUGCUGUCAUGUAGUUCAGCGUUAAUACGGCGUGAAUAGUUGAAGAGGGGGGACUUUCGUGUGGAUACGAGGAGCCACAGUCGAGCCAUGGCUGCACGGGAGGAAGGAGAGGCUCUGCACAGCAAAAUAAGGCACCACGACGGAGCUGGAAGUGUAAACAGCUCAGAGGGCUUCAGGAACGGCUAUGUGAAGAGCUGCGUCACCCCCCUUAAACAGGACCAUCAGAGGGGAUUUUUGUUAAGCGUGUGCAGGUUUUGCAACGAAGACAUUCUCAAUUCCAAACUGUUAAAGGUCUCUGCCCUCUACGUCGGCGCGUUUGUAAUUUUCGCGGUCUCCUUUCUCAUUUCUAGGAGCUUGCAAAGUGACUCGCUCUGGGAUUUGCGGACUUUUUUGUCGGGCUUCUCCCAGUCCGUCAGCCCCCUGUUCAGCAUAGGAUGUGCUUUCUUUUUCCUCACGUUUUACCUGAGGAGGAAAAAGAAGGAGAGCAGUAAAUGUUGGCUCGUGUCACUGCCGGCGUCGUGUUACCUCGGGGAUUUUUUGGUUUUGCGGUUUUUGCAAUGGGGAGAGGACCAGCACCAGAUGCAAAUGGUGGGCAGGUUGUUAUUCGUGUUGGGAUGUGUGGGUCUGCUCACGCUGAUCCCGACGCUGAAACUCAAACACAGCGUCCUCAUACUGGUCUUCGCCAGCAUUGUGUGGCUUGUCUCUUUCACAAGUUUGAGCGGUCUGCCCGCACUGCUCAGACCGCUCUUCGCCUGCUUUGCGGGGGUUUCUGGCUCCCUGUUGGGGCUCUGCUUCGACCGAUACUACCCGUCGAGGGAAGCGCCGAGUGGGAUUUCCAGCGCCGAGGAAAAGGUCCCCGUGAUCAGACCUAGGAGAAGGUCCAGUUGUGUUUCACUGGGGGAAACGUCGACCAGCUAUUAUGGCAGUUGUAAAAUGCCUCGCAGACCUUCGUUACCCUGUAUAUCCAGAGAACAGAUGAUCUUAUGGGACUGGGAUCUGAAACACUGGUACAAACCACAGUAUCAGGGGGCUGUGAGCGGCAACGGUGUGGAUCUCUCAGUCAUCAACGAGGCCAGGAACCUGGUGUCAGACCUGCUGAUGGACUCGUCUCUGUCUCCACACACCAUCUCAUCUCUGCGCAGCAUCUCCAGCCUCAUGGGGACGUUUUCUGGCUCGUGCCGCCCCAGGGUCAAUCCCUUCACCCCCUUCCCGGGUUUCUACUCCUGCGACGAGGUGGAGGACUCUGUGGAGAGGAGCGAUAGGAAAACAAUUAAGGGUUUGAGCAGCAGAAACAGCCUCCCCACCCCUCAGCCCAGGCGAAGCUCAACCUCCUCCUCCUCCUCCACCUCUGCACUCCCUCCUCUUGACUCCGCCUCUUCCCGCUGGGAGCGAAACAGUGGCAAGAGACCCCACCCUGACCUCAACUUGACCAGCUCAGGUUUGUCUAACGGGCCCAAUGCUAACCUGCUCACCAUUCCCAAGCAGAGAUCCUCCUCUGUUACCCUCACAUACCACGCAGGGCCCAGGAGAGCAGGAACUUCUCCCAGCCUGAGCCCAGUCACCUCACCAACCCACAGUCCCCCCGCAGUAGGUACGGGUUCCUCAUCAUCCCUCGUCACUCGGUCGCCUGUGGAGUUCCCAGACACGGCCGACUUCCUGACAAAGCCCAGUGUCAAUCUGAACCUGCACAAGCCCCUGAACUACAACUCCCCCGAUUUUCAGCAGGCUUUCCGCAGCUCUGCCUUCCCUCUCUGCACCGGCUGUGGACGUCAGAUGCUCAAGGGAGUUUCCAGCGGUGAUACGGGAGAUUCUCAUCAACCAUUUACCAGCGAGGUUCAACGUAGACGCUCAGCCGGUGAAGGGCUGGAGUACGGAGGGGAGCCUCUGAUCAGGGAGGAGAGCGCAGAGAUGGACGCGUCCGGAGACGAGAGGCCAGAUGCUGGAGGAAACCAGGGGCUGUCGGAGGAGGAGAAGGAGAAGAGCUCGAGCACAGACCAGCAGACUCAGGAAUCAGAGGGUGAGCAGGAGUUCAGGUUAGAUGCUAUGCUGGAGGAACACGAGGCUCUCAUGGAGAGGAUGAACACCUGGAACUUCCAGAUCUUUGACCUGGUGGACAGAACAGGAGGGAAGACCGGACGAAUCCUCAGCUACGUGACCUACACCCUUUUCCAGGACAUGUGCCUGUUUGAAAUCUUUAAGAUUCCUGUGAGGGAGUUCAUGACAUACUUCUGUGCUCUGGAAAAUGGCUAUAGAGACAUUCCCUAUCAUAACCGGGUCCAUGCUACUGAUGUGCUCCACGCUGUUUGGUACCUGACCACUCGACCAAUCCCUGGGUUCCAGCAGAUCCACAGUGAGCAUGUGACAGGAAGUGACACAGAUUCAGAUAGUGGAAUCUCUCCAGGCAGAAUAUCCUACGCCUCCUCCAAGAGCUCUUCAAUUUCAGAUGACAGCUAUGGCUGCCUGGCCUGGAACAUCCCUGCCCUGGAGCUCAUGGCUCUUUAUGUAGCAGCUGCAAUGCACGACUACGACCAUCCCGGUCGCACAAAUGCCUUUCUAGUAGCCACUAAUGCACCUCAGGCGGUGCUGUACAAUGACCGCUCAGUGCUGGAGAACCACCACGCUGCAUCCGCCUGGAGCCUCUACCUGUCCCAGCCAGAGUUCAACUUCCUGGUCAACCUGGAUCACGUGGAAUUCAAGCGAUUUCGCUUCCUUGUCAUCGAGGCUAUACUGGCCACAGACCUCAAGAAGCACUUUGACUUCCUGGCUGAGUUCAACGCAAAGGUGAACGAUGUGAACAGUCCAGGAAUUGAUUGGACCAAUGAAAACGACAGGCUGCUGGUGUGCCAAGUGUGUAUCAAGCUGGCAGAUAUCAACGGUCCGGCCAAAGUUCGUGACUUGCACCUCAAGUGGACUGAAGGCAUCGUCAAUGAGUUUUAUGAGCAGGGCGACGAGGAGGCUAGGUUGGGAUUACCCAUCAGCCCCUUCAUGGACCGCUCGUCCCCUCAGCUGGCCAAGCUGCAGGAGUCCUUCAUCACCCACAUUGUGGGCCCACUCUGUAACUCCUACGACGCUGCUGGACUGCUCCCUGGCCACUGGAUUAAUGAAGCGGGGUCAGAUGAAGACGAUGAGGAGGGGCAGGUGGACAUAGACUCAGAUGAAGAAGAGGACGAGGAAGAUGAGCUAGAGGAUGAGCUGGCACCAAGGAGGAGGAAAAGCCGUCGCAGGUUGUUCUGCAGCAUCAUGCAGCACCUGACGGAGAACCACAAGGUGUGGAAGAAGAUCAUCGAGGAGGAGGAGAAGAGCAAAGAGCUUGGAAAACAGCAGCAGCCAGACAGCCUGCCCACCUCACCGUCGGAUGACAUCCAGGUCAUCCAGGAGGAGGAGGAGGGGGAGGAGCGUCAGUAGCAGGAGGAGAAAGGAAAGAACGGAGAUGUGUGGGAAAAGAAACCGAGAGGCAGUAUAAGGACUUGAGUUCCUCGACCACCUGCCUUUCACUGACAUAAAGACAAACUGUUGACAAAUGCACAUAAAACACACUUUCCUCCCUCUCUCUGUCUCUCUCUCUCACACACACACACACAGACAUAUAUUGAAAGAUUCACUGUGCAGACACUCAGACGCUUAAGCCCUCACAUUGUUUUUGGAGAAACAAAAAGGCCUUACUACUGUGAGCGGAUCCUUACUGCAACGGUAGGGGCCCAACUCCUAUGCACUUUCACCCCAUGGAGAGUCAAGUGCACCCAGAUAACAAAAAGCACCUGAACUGAGGAGGAAGGUGCAGAGGACGAGUGUGGACAGGGUCCAGCAUUAACUUGGCCUCCAUGGUAACCUGGCUGUGAUGCUGCCUUGAAUGCAAAGCGCUUAACACUUAACACCUCCCUUAGGUACAAAAACUAUUUCUGUAUAUUUAAAAACGAAAGGUAGAGGAAAAAUACUGAAGCAAGUGACGUGGAUAGAAGCGAUUGAUACCCUUUACCAAAGUGAACAGUUCAUACAUGGAAAGACAAGAGACUGAAACAGUUUCAGCCUCAACGUCAGGUAUAUUUUUGAAUUAUAUAUAUACAUAUAUAUAAGAAAUGAUGUGCCUGUCUGAACCUUUACUAAGUCCAUAUUGGCCCAGAGCCUAGGCUUGUGUAGUUCUCUCUCCUUGCUGGCGACACGAAACACUGUAUCAGACUCAGUCACAAAGACAUUAUUGAAAUGUUGACUGAUUAAUAGCAUUAUAUCUGCAUCAUUUUUGAUGCUUUUACUCAUGUGUACCACCCAGUCUUUUUUUUAAUCCUUUGUUCUUUAUUUUGUUGGAGUGUGUGAAUAUUUUUUUUUGUUUUUGUUUUUUUUUUUGGCAGGAGUGUGAUAGAGAGAAUGAACAGGGAGAAAGAGAGCACAUUUUUAAUUAUUUUAGGAUGUAAUUUUUGUGUGUAUGUUUGUGUGUCCUUGUAGUCAGUUUCUAAUCAGUCAGAUGUCCUCUGGUGUUAAACAUGUUGCAUUCAGAUCCAGAGUGCAGUUUCAAGUGAAUGGAUUCUUCAUUUUCCUCUUUGAUUCUAAGUAUUUUUUUAAAGGUUACUCAGGAUUCACGCAAAGUUGAAUAAUUAUUUUGCAAGGAUUUAUGUCAUUAAUAUGAAAUACACUUUAAAAAGUAAGAAAAUUAAAAAUCUGGGUGACUGAAGUAGUUUGUAAUCUCUUAAUGAACAACUUGACUACAAACAAAUUGAAGCAAUUGAAGUCCUCUGGGACAGAGGAGCAUACAGUAUGUGCUGUUGGCCAUCCAUACACUGUUUGCAUAACCUUUUACAGUCUGACUGGAGAGGAGCUUGUCUUGGUCGUCAGCGGACUGCAAAUGUCUUUUCUGCAGCAACUCAACACAUUGUGCAACUUUGCUGUUCUAAAGCAGUAUAUCUGGCUUUUUUUAAUUAAGUGGCCUCUGCAUUGUUUUUUGACAGAAGAUGAUUAGAGUCGCUGUAAAAAACAAAAACAGUAUAUCAUUUUUUUAUUCAUUUGUCAGAGUCGUGACGUCUUUCCUGAAUUCUGAUUUUAAAGUCACAAUGACGGCAAAGUUUUUUUCAAAAUUCAGGGUUUUUUUGUUUUGUUUUGUUUUUGUUUUUUUUUUAACUUAUUGUCUCACUUUUUCAGUUCUCAAAUGUGAAGUGAGACUCAAACAGAAGAAUCAUAAACAGCAUUGUAAAUCCACACUUUUAAUCUUCUCUCAUAAUUCUUGAUUUUCCACAGUUCCACAGUUUUAAUAUAAAUCCUGAAGUCAAACUUCAGACUUUUUUUUUUGAAGGGUUUCCAAUUUUAAUUCUUUCUUCAGAAUCCUGACUUUUUAAUUCAUAUUUCCAAAGUUCACUAUUUAAUGUCAGAAUUCUAGAUGAAUUCAGAUUACUGAGUAAAUAUACAAAAAUACAAAAUUCACACUUCUAUCAUAACUCUCAGUUUUCCAGAACAACAGUUUAAUGGCAGUAUUUAGAUUUUUAAAUAAGAAACCCAACUGUUUUUUUUCCCAGAGUUCAGAUUUUUUUUUCUUUUUUUUCCAGAACAAGUGAGAAAUCAGUUUUUAAAGUCAGAAUUAUGGAAAAAUACAAUUCCAUUUUUACAGUGCAUUUUACUCUCCCAUAGUUUUUAAACCAACAGUAUCUAACUUGCUUUUUUCUCUAUUUUAAAGGUUUUUGUCAAGACCCAUAAGUCGGCCAGUGUGUAAAGAAGGGAUCCAGGGUUUCAUGUCACUUUGGUUUUGUUUAUAUAUAUAAAUAUAUAUAAUAUAUAUUUUAUGACGUGCCACGAGGCAGGUUAAAAAACUACUAGUUCUCUAAUUUUGUCUCUAAGAACUCUUGGCAUUCCACUAGAAUAAGACAUUUUAUCAAAGGGAAGGCGGAAUAGCUCCUUUAUCACCUUAUUAAAUCAUGAUCUCUGGAGAAAAUGUUAAGUAAGCAGUGUAAAUUGAGAUAGUAAUAUUUAAAGACAAAAAAAUAGAUACAGGUGUGCACAUUUUAAUACCAAACAAGUGUUUAGCCGCUGUACAAAAGAGUAUGUGCAUAUAAAUAUAUAUUUUUUAAAUAAUCAAAUGAAUUCAUCUGUUUUCUACACGCAGCUGACAUUAUUGUACAUCCUGUAAUUACCAUUGUGUUUCCAGAGUUUUUAUCUUCUUCUAUUCACAGGCGUGGAACUGUGGGGACUUGGUGUUUUGAUUUUGAUUUUCCACUUGGUUUCAGCCUCUCCCUGUGCUGUACCACAACCACUCUUGUACUCUUCAUUAUCUCUCUAUCACUGUCGUCUCACUUGACCCAACUAGUGCCAAACUAUACCUACAUACUGUAACUCGUGGGCUGUGAUAAUGCUGAUCGGUGAAAUCUCUCUGGGCUCCAGUACUGUUCAUGCAAGAGAAUCAUCAAAUAUUCCACCGGGAUCAACGUGACAGUGGCAGGAGUCAGAACUGGACUCGGGUUAGAGCCAUAUACGCUCUGACAAGUCUGUCGUCGGUUUUUUCACAUGGACCCAUGCUGGAUCAUAAAGCCUCGGUAGCUCCUGACCCGACAUAACCUGGCUCAUUAAGUUGUAAAAGUUUGUUGGCUUCUCACUGUGCAGUCUUUCAAACCACAGCGUCCGCUGAUGAUUGUGCCAUAAAUACAUCUAUGAAUGGUUGUUACCCUUAUGUAGCAUCAAUAUACGUACGUUUGUCUAAUGUAACCAUUCACCCUUAUCCACAUUGUGCGGGCAACAGAUUUUUUUGUUGUUAUUUAUAGCUGUCAUAAAACACCAUCCCUAAAGUA